CGCACUACAAUAGCCCCAGUGUACGGUGUGCCGGCUUCAUAGACUUCUGUUGUGUUCUGCGGAAGGACUUGCGUUGCUUUUUUUUCCCCCAUCUGGCUUUGUUAAAUUUUUUUGCGAAAAUGUCCGGUCAGAGUCCAGAGGGUGAACGGAACAGUCUCACACCUCGUUCGCGGUCGCGCUCAAGGUCACGUCUAGAGUCACCAGCCGCUUCCCCUGCUCAUCGCCGCACAGCCACUUCGCAGUCAAGGUCUCCCCAGCCUCGCAGACGCUCAUUUUCCAGGUCGCGAUCCCGAACUCCACGCAGGCAUCGCUCCCGGAGUGGCUCACCUCGAAAUGGUCAUGAUGGAAGCAGUCGCCGCUCCCGACGCAGCCGGUCGGUCCACUCAAGCUCCCCGAUGUCGAACCGGAGGCGGCAUAUUGGCACCAGAGACAAUCCCGAGCCAUCUAAGUGCCUGGGGGUGUUCGGCCUGAGUGUGCAUACCACGGAAAGACAGCUGUACACCAUUUUUGACAAGUUUGGCCCUCUGGAGAAAGUACAAGUAGUCCUGGAUUCGAAAACGGGCAAGUCAAGAGGCUUUGCGUUUGUGUACUUUGAGUCACUUAAGGAUGCCUCAGAAGCCAAAAAUGAGUGUUCUGGGAUGGAGAUUGACGGCCGGAGGAUUAGAGUUGAUUAUUCCAUUACCAAGCGGCCACACACUCCAACUCCAGGAAUAUACAUGGGUAGACCCACAUCUCGCGGUGGCUACGACCGGGGCUACGGCCGAGGAGGCCACCGCGGAGACAGGUACCGUUCCCCGUCACCCCGUUACCGGCCUCGCUCCAGCGGUGGUCGCCGCGACUAUUACGAUCGUGGGUAUGACCGCGGGGACAGGAGCUACGACAGAGGCUAUGACCGCUACGACAGGCCUCAAUACCAUGACCGCUAUGAUAGGUAUGACCGUGCUUAUGACAAGUACGAUCGCUACGAUAGGUCCAGAUCUCGCUCCUAUUCUCCACGAAGAUACAAGUAUUGAUGAUUGUACACCAGACAAAACUGCAAGAUUACUACAGAAAGGUUGUAGAUGCUCCAUACUUGACGGUGCUGUGCAGACGGCUGGCUCCAGAGAACGUUUCGACCGUUAUACAGUUACAAAUUCUCAGUCUCAUUUGUCAUGCUAGUUAUCAAAAUAUUUUAAGAUAAGCUGUAGAUAACAAGGUCUAAGAAAGAAAAACACAUAGGUAAUGUACUCUCCUCCACCCAUAUCCCCUUCCCUUCUUCCCGAGUCAAGCACGUGUGUUGAAAUUUUUAUCAAUCAGUUGUUUGUAUGUGAUUCAUUUGUAGCAUGGCUGAUGUUGUGUGUCAAAAAAGUGGUGAGGAUUCAGGAAUUUCUGUGCUAAUUGUGUGCAGAUUGACUUGGAAAUGUAAAAAAUAUAUAUUAAUGUAUGUGAAAGACAUUGAAGUGUUUGAUACAUGGCAGCAUCUGUGGAGUAUGGGUGUGUAAUGACCUUGUGGUUCAAUGCAACUUUGACAGAUAUCCUAAAUUGUUUUAUCACUUCCCUUACAAAGAAAAUUAGUGAUAAGAAAUAUGCAGCUGAAUCUCCAACAAGUUGCAUUUGUGAGAAGUCUCGGUGUGUAGCUUCAAAUUAUUGAUAUUUUACUUGCUGUCACUCAAACACCUUCUCAUC